AUGGCAACAACAUUAUUUUCAUUAUUGGAUUUAUUGGCUUCAAGAUUUAGAUCAGAUUCACAAGAAGGACAAGAUUCACAAGAGGGAGAGAAUACAAGCGCACUUUCAAUUCAAGUUUCUGAAUCAGAACCACAAUCUCAACCACGUUCAAGAUCACAUACAGAAGUUUCAAGACCUCCAAAUUUACCAACUAAUAAUAAUAAUCAUAAUAAUAAUCCUAAUAGAGUUGUUAGACCUAAUAGAUCACCAAUUCAAACAAGACAACAAAGAUCACAUACAACAGCAUUAGAUCCAAAUGGAUUACCACCUGGUGUAGGUGUUGAUCCAAAUCUUUUAUCUGCACAAACUAGGCAACAAAGAUCAGGUUCUCAAUUACGUCCAAAUAAUAUCAAUAGAGAUCCAUCAAGAAGAAAUUCAACAAAUUUACCAAGAAGACCGGUAUCAACAACUUUACAACCAAUUAAUAAUACUACCACCACAACCACUACACCAACUACAACAAGCGCUACUACAAAAACUGAAACUUUAGAGGUACCAACAAUUCCAAUUGAUAAUAAUAAUAAUAAUGAAAAUGAACAACCAAAAUCAAUAACAUUACAAGUUCCAACAAUUGUUGAAUUACAAACACCAAUACAAGAAGAAAUUAAUUUAGAAAAAGAGAAAAUUGGACCAUCACCAAUUCCAAACUUUAAUACACCAAGUAAUUUAUUAAAUACAUCAUAUGCAGCAGGAACUGUUUUAAUUACACCACCAUUAUUUACACCAAAUGAUCCAAUGAAUUCUUCAAAAGAUGGUAUUGAAAUGAAGGGUUAUGGUGGUGACGGUGAUGACCAAGAUGAAUAUGGUGAUGAAGAUCAAUAUGAUGAAUAUGACGAUGCAGACAGAGAUGAUGAUCAACAAAAUAAAGAAGAUAUUGAACAACCAAUUGAAGCACUUGAAGAGAAAAAAGAACCAGUACCACCAUUUAGUCAUAAAGAAUUCAUAAGAGUAUUUGGUACUUAUUUCCUUAAAAUUCUAGGUCUAACACUUGUAAUUUCAAUUAUGGCUAUUGGUUAUGGUUGUUUUGAAAUAUUUCUUGGUUGUCGUUAUAUUGAUAGUUCAUCAACUACUUGGCCAUAUUGGGCAAUCGUUACCCACUCAAUUAGUCGUACCAUUUUAAAUUUUUCAUUAUGUAUGUUUCCAUACUUUUUAUUAUUAACUUUCUUUGGAUUCCGUGAUACAAUAGUCCCAUUGAUAAUUGGUUUAAUUUCAUCUUCGGGUGCAUCGGCAUGGGCAAUCUAUAACACUGUACAUGAAUUACUUGAUCAAACAUUAGCGCUUUUACCAAGUUAUUUCUUUUUCUGUGUUGCCUUAGUACUCUCUUCACAUUAUAUGGGUAGAAAAAUCAAUAAUCCAACUUUUAGACAUCUUUUUAUGGGUCAAUUUGCUCUUGCUGCCAUCGUACUUGUACUUUAUGAUUUUGCUAUCCUUCCAUGGUAUGUUAAAACCUCAUCAAUUAAUAAAUCGGUUGUACGUAUUUUAAUUCAUCCUGGUUUAUGUGCUAUGGGUUUAUUUGUUGCUCGUGCUUGUUCUUCUCGUAUUAAACCAAAAACUCCAGGUACAAAUGUUUUCCCAGUUUUAAUCUUUAUGUGGUUUUCAACUUAUUAUGGUAGAUUUUUUAAUAGUAAUAUGUCAUUAUUAUUUAUGUCUGGUACAAUGGCAAUUGUUAGUUUAACAGAAUUAUUAUGGAGAACUACAUUAAGACCAAGAGAUAAAAAGAUUAUGAAUGCAAUUUGUGGAUUUUGUUUUAAAAAGAGAUUAACACAUUCUCAAAAUUUUGAUAAAAUUUAUAGAGAUUUUCUACGUCACGAACAAUUGUAUGAAAAUACCUCUAUUUUAACAUCAUGUUUUGUUUAUAUAGCAUUUUAUAAUGUUUUCGAUAAGAGUCAAUUAGAUUAUACAACUUUAUUUUCAAGUAUGGCAAUUCAAUUCUCUUUUGAAUGGGUAACCGAUAUCAUUUCCAUGUACAUUGAAACUAGAAUUUAUAAAAUUGAAGCACUCCAUUGGAAAAAUCCUCCAAAAUAUUUUUAUUUUAUGUUACUUUAUACUUUCUUUUUAGGUAUGUCUUAUUCAACUUCUCGUGUCAUUUUAUUAGGUGAAGGUAAAUGGUUUAAUCAAAGUUAA